GUGAUUGCAUAAUUUUUUUAACAAAGUGAAAAUAAAGUUAAUGUGUACUCUAAAUCAUCCAAUUCAUUAAUCAAUGAAAGGUUAGGCAGCAAAACCAGUUCCAUUAGUGCAAGUCAGCUUCAAACAAACACUAUCUCAGCUAUAUUCAAACAUGAUCAUCUCCCAAACAAACCUUUAUUGAAAAUAACCAAAAAGAAAAACCAAACCAAAACCAAGAAAACCAAAAAGAAUAUCUCUACUUGUUUGUGUUUCAAGCUUUCAAAACCUUUCCUUUCUCAACUUCCUCACAUGAAAACCAAAACCAAAACCAAACCAAAAAUUUUGUUUCCUUCCUCUCCUUAAACUCCACAAAUCCAAGAAAGGAAGAAAAACAAAUUACUUCAAAUUCAUAGUUCCCUCUUGUGAAUGUUUUUUUCUUCCUUUCUUGAAAAAUGGUUCAAAGAAAGGUUCAAAAUAAGCUUAGUAUCAAUAUUCAACAUGUUAAAUCAGAGAAAUUUUUAGCAAACAUGAAAAUUUCUUCAUCUUCAUCUCAUCAAAACCAAGAUGGAAAAACAAAAGUUUCUGAUAUGAAGAAGAAAAUGAAGAAAUCAAAGUUAGUAAAAAUUUCUGAUCUUGAAACUCUUCAACUUCAACAAUCAACACCACCUUCAUCAGUUUCAAGAAGAACAACAACACAAGAUUGUUCACCAAAUUACAUGAAACCCACAAGUAGUUCACAAUCAAAAAAGGAACUUUUUCAUGUGGGUCUUAGAAAAACUCAAUCUUGUUCUGUUAUUGAGAAUCUUGAUAGAAAAUUUUCAAGUGAAUCAAAAGCUAUAUGUAAAAAACCUAGUUUGAGUUUGGUUAGAACAUUAACAAAAACUACUAGUUUCAAAGGUUGUAGAAAUUUUCCUAGAAAAUCAACAAGAGCUACUUGUUCUUCAACUUUGAAAGAUGCAAAAUUUCCUUCAUAUCUUAAGCUUAAUCCUGGUGGAACUGAGUUAGAAGGAAGUUCAGUUAUGAGGGUUUGUUCAUAUAGUUAUUGUUCUCUUAAUGGUCAUCAUCAUCAUAAUUAUGGUGAUUUGCCUCCUUUGAAGACGUUUAUGUCUUCGAGGAGACGUGUUUUGAAGCGGGUGAAGCUUGAAGCGCUGAGUCCUCGAAGUCGAAGAUUGAAGGUGGUGGGUGAGGUGGAAAAGAAGGGCUGUGAUGUUGAGCAUAAUGUGUUUGAUGAAAAGCCUGAGCAUGAUGAAAUUGGCAUGGAUUUCUUCAUUGAAAUAUAUGCUGAUGAAAAAAAGGAUGCAGAAUCUACAGGUGAAGAAGAAAUUGGGAAAACCGAUUUUCUCGAAGAUGUUGUGGAUCAUGAAGGUAUCAUCAAGUCAAAAAUUGAAGAUGAUGGUAUAGAAGCAGAUUUUCUGAAAAAGGUCGAGGAUCAAGAGAAAAAUGAAGUUGCAGAUGAAGAUCAACAAACUAGUUGGUCUCAUGAAGAAAUGAGUAUGGAGGGUGCCGACAAUAACAUGGAUGAUUCUGAUUCGGAGGCCGGUGAUAUGGAGUGUGAAGAGGAACAAUUUUAUGGAUUUGGUCAUGAACAUGAGGCUGAUUCUUCUGUUUACACAGAUGAGGAAAAUGAUUCAAAAUCUGAGUCCUCAUCUCAGAGUUCUCAUGAUGUGUCAGUGAUAUGGUUAGAUGAUAUCCUUAGCAGCUAUUAUGAUGAUAUUAUUCUUGUUGAUGAAACAAUCAAAGAAGCCAAAUCAGAAGAAAAAAUCUAUCUUGAAGAACAGCCUCAAGAUGACAAAAGUGGAAGCAAUGAGACUCAAGAAAUCGGUUACCCCUGCAGUGAUGUCGGUUGCGACCAAUCUUCUUUGGCAGAUGAAAUAUUUGAUUACCUGAUAAACGCUGAAGAAAAUGUUGAUGAGACUAGCCAAGAGAACAAAGAUGAUAACAUCAACAAAGUGAAGAUCCAAAUUCAACCGUCUCCGAGUGGAUUUGAACUGUGUUCCUUGAGGCCAACAGACCAAACUCUUACAGCUGAUCAGGCACCUCAUGAAGAGAAGAGUCAAAUUCAAUUAUUUGAUGUGGUUGAAGAAAUCAUCAAAGAUAUUCAAGAUCAAGGCAAAGGUAAUAAAAGAACAAGUUGCAGAGUUGAUGAAGAGGAAGAGGAAAACACAAGAGAGAAUUGGAAAGGUAUAAUUAGGAGAAAGAGGUGUGUUGAAGAUGAAGACGAUGAAAUGAGGAAGUUUAAUCCAAGAGAUCCAAAUUUUUUGCCUUUGGUUCCUGAAAAAGAAAAGGAAAAGGUUGAUUUGAGACAUCAAAUGAUGGAUGAGAGAAAGAAUGCAGAGGAUUGGAUGGUUGAUUGUGCACUAAGACAAGUUGUUAACAAGCUUGCUCCUGCUAGGAAGAAGAAGGUUGCAUUGCUAGUUGAAGCAUUUGAAACUGUUAUACCUAAAUGUGAAUCUCAUUUGAGAAACAAAUCAGGGUUUGCUCAUUCUAGACACAUUCAAGCUUGCAGCUGAUGGAUCCUUCUAAGGUAAAGUUCAAGCCAAGAUGAAGUGUUAUCUGGCACAAGAAUCAUAGCCAAUGUCCAGGAUUGAUCUACAUGAUCAUAUCUGAAGCCUGGAAGCAAAAUUAUGCAGCUUGGAUCAUAUAAGGCCUUGAAACUGUUAAAUGGAAAUUGAAGCUCAAGGAAGGGAAUUAAUGGUUCUCACUUAAUAAUUAUAUAUGUGUUUGCUUUAAAAUAAUUGUGUAGUGUUAUAACCAUAAUUGUGUGUUUAUUUUGUUGAUGGUUUGUAUGUGAUGCACUAAUACUUGGUAUGAUAAAGGAUAUCAUGUAUUGUGUUAACUUAUUGUACUUGUUUGUACUUUCUAUCAUUCUGUGAUUGCAGUAAUGCUCAAGGACAAAUGAUUAUUGUUAGUUUGAAAUGUAAUUUUCUUAUUCUUAUAAUCAUGAAUUAUAAAAAAAUGCAAUUAUACUUGUUUGUACUA